UCGGCUCCGGCAGGGGGCGCUCUCUCGCAGCUCCUGGUAGUCUCUAUGGUGUUUCCGGGCGCUGCGGACUCGGUUUGAAGGCCGCUGCUCGGGACGUGCUCGGCGGCUGCUUCCGGCGCCAUGGGAAAACGGGACAACCGGGUGGUGAGUGAGGCCGAUUACUCAACCGGGCGGACUACAUUACCCAGACUGCACCGCGAGCUGCCAUAGGAGAGACAUGUCUGCACCCCAAUACUGUGUAUAACCCCAUCAUACCCUGCCUGCACCCCAAUACUGUGUAUAAACCCCAUCACACCCUGCCUGCACCCCAAUACUGUGUAUAAACCCCAUCACACCCUGCCUGCACCCCAAUACUGUGUAUAAACCCCAUCAUACCCUGCCUGCACCCCAAUACUGUGUAUAAACCCCAUCAUACCCUGCCUGCACCCCAAUACUGUGUAUAAACCCCAUCAUACCCUGCCUGCACCCCAAUACUGUGUAUAAACCCCACCAUACCUUGCCUGCACCCCAAUACUGUGUAUAAACCCCAUCAUACCCUGCCUGCACCCCAAUACUGUGUAUAAACCCCACCAUACCCUGCCUGCACCCCAAUACUGUGUAUAACCCCCAUCAUACCCUGCCUGCACCCCAAUACUGUGUAUAAACCCCAUCAUACCCUGCCUGCACCCCAAUACUGUGUAUAAACCCCAUCAUACCCUGCCUGCACCCCAAUACUGUGUAUAAACCCCACCAUACCCUGCCUGCACCCCAAUACUGUGUAUAAACCCCAUCAUACCCUGCCUGCACCCCAAUACUGUGUAUAAACCCCACCAUACCCCAAUACUGUGUAUAAACCCCAUCAUACCCUGCCUGCUCCCCAAUACUGUUUAUAAACCCCAUCAUACCCUGCCUGCACCCCAAUACUGUGUAUAAACCCCAUCAUACCCUGCCUGCACCCCAAUACUGUGUAUAAACCCCAUCAUACCCUGCCUGCACCCCAAUACUGUGUAUAACCCCCAUCAUACCCUGCCUGCACCCCAAUACUGUGUAUAACCCCCAUCAUACCCUGCCUGCACCCCAAUACUGUGUAUAACCCCCAUCAUACCCUGCCUGCACCCCAAUGCCUGCAACCCCAUCAUACCCUGCCUGCACCCCAAUACUGUGUAUAACCCCCAUCAUACCCUGCCUGCACCCCAAUACUGUGUAUAACCCCAUCAUACCCUGCCUGCACCCCAAUACUGUGUAUAAACCCCACCAUACCCUGCCUGCACCCCAAUACUGUGUAUAAACCCCACCAUACCCUGCCUGCACCCCAAUACUGUGUAUAAACCCCAUCAUACCCUGCCUGCACCACAAUACUGUGUAUAAACCCCACCAUACCCUGCCUGCACCCCAAUACUGUGUAUAAACCCCAUCAUACCCUGCCUGUACCCCAAUACUGUGUAUAAACCCCACCAUACCCCAAUACUGUGUAUAAACCCCAUCAUACCCUGCCUGCUCCCCAAUACUGUUUAUAAACCCCAUCAUACCCUGCCUGCACCCCAAUACUGUGUAUAAACCCUAUCAUACCCUGCCUGCACCCCAAUACUGUGUAUAAACCCCAUCAUACCCUGCCUGCACCCCAAUACUGUGUAUAAACCCCAUCAUACCCUGCCUGCACCCCAAUACUGUGUACAAACCCCAUCAUACCCUGCCUGCACCCCAAUACUGUGUAUAAACUCCAUCAUACCCUGCCUGCAUCCCAAUACUGUGUAUAAACUCCAUCAUACCCUGCAUGCACCCCAAUACUAUGUAUAACCCCCAUCAUACCCUGCCUGCACCCCAAUACUGUGUAUUGACCUCAUCAUACCCUGCCUGCACCCCAAUACUGUGUAUAAACUCCAUCAUACCCUGCAUGCACCCCAAUACUGUGUAUAACCCCCAUCAUACCCUGCCUGCACCCCAAUACUGUGUAUUGACCUCAUCAUACCCUGCAUAACGAGGUUAUCUAGCAGUGAUUUCUUCCUGCAGGCUCCAUCUAGUUCUAAUGUGUGAGCCAUGGACACAGAUAUACUCAAUGUGUAUCAUAUUAAAGAUAACAUAAUAGGCUUCUUUACCAAACUGUGAAUUGUAGUGAAAUGAAAAACCAUUGUCUGGUAUUCAGGCGAAAUAACUGAGGUUUAACUAUUUUCCAACAAAUCCCAGCUCGUCCAUUGUGCAGAUUUUAUAAGUGGACAUUCAUAAUGUAUUCAAUGCCAACUUCAAAUAUUAUGUUUUAUACAAAAAUGUUGUGCGAGUAGUGCGUUUGUUUAAAUGUUAAUGUUACAUGCAGGGCCGUCUUUAAUAUCACUAGGACCCUGGGCAAAGCAUUUUCUUGGACCCCCUGGACCCCCUACUCCCUGGCAUGUAAUCACACCUUUCACAUACAUACUGACACAUACACAGACAGACAUACACACAUACACUGACACACACAUAUACUGACAGACAUGCUGACACAGCCAGACAUACUGACACACCCAGACAUAAACACACUAACAGGCAUGCUGACACAGAGACAGACACAUACCCUGACAGAUAUACUGACACACACACACAUACCCUGACAGGCAUACAGGCACACACUGACAGACAUACUGAUACACAUACCCUAACAGGCAUACUGACACACACACAUACCCUGGCAGGCAUACACAUUGACAGGCAUACUGACACACACUGACAUACCCAUUGACAGGCAUACUGACAGACAACCUUCUGACACACAGACAUACUGACACAUUCAGACUUUAGAAUCUACUCCCCAUUUCGUACCUUCCUGCUUCCCUGGUGUCCAGAGUGGUGGCUGAGGCUUUUGGGGGUUGCUGACUGGCAAUUCAGACCAGCCCCCCCCUCCUCUCUGCUUCCCUAGUGUGGUCUCUCUGGGAGGAAGUGACUCUUGGCAGUCACUUCCUCCCAUGCUGCCAAAAAGCAAAGGGGCCUGGUCGUGCUAUUAAAGGGCCAAAGCGCGCGACCAGUCUCCUGCUUACAAACGCCCAGGAUGCACCGGGGGCCCAUGGCUGGGGAGGGGAGAAAGUUGUCGUGGGCAGCGGGGCCCCGCGUUAAAGACGGCCCUAGUUACAUGUUAAAAUGUAACACUACUGUCUGCUCUUACCUAGCUUUUAUUUAGCCUUUAUUGUGUCUAUAUAACCUGUUUUACACAGAUUAUAUAGAAAAGCAAAUAUAUAUAUAUAUAUAUAUAUAUAUAUAUAUAUAUAUAUGGAUAUAUGGAUUCAUCUUUGGGUUUUUUUUUUAUUUUUUUUAAAUGUAUCAGCAGUGUCUAACCGUGACCCCCCAUACAUUUGUGCUCUACAUUUCCCAGUUGAGCUGGCUGUGUAUCACACAAAAAUGUAGUUUGCAAAAAUGUGCUACCCCUUAGCCUGCACUUAAUGCUUAUCGAGACUAGAGCCGAGAAGUAGGACAUUUUAUGAACCAACACCAUGUUUUACUUUAUGUUGCACAUUGAUGAUCAUAAUACUGAGUGCUCUACUAAACUUUGUGUGAUGGCUGCACAACUAUCCUAUUUAUUAGCCCUUGUAGAUAUAAAGAUAAAUGUUGGUUUUCCCAGCCAUAUUCCUGGCCGCACUACAGUGGGUAUACGUCUUCCACCCUCUAACUUGGACAGCGACACCUUCUAAGUAAAGAAUAAAAGGAACUCCCCUAUGUUUCCAUAUUGUCAUAGUACCUUCAUUAUUAGCCAAUGUUCGUAUAUGGUUCUGCAGCUGGGAAGUCUUAAUUAUUGAUACUCUCCGAUUUAUAGCUCAUUGAUGACAUGAAGUCCUGUUACUUGGGGAAUAAAUGAAUUGUCAAAUAGUAUGCACACUGCUUACAGGGUAGGAUGUUAUUUAUAUGUCACCAUAUAUUCAGAACAUUUUUGAUGCAGUUACAAUGUCUAUGUGUAUUAUCUUAUCUUGUCAGGCUUAUAUGAAUCCCAUAGCAAUGGCUCGUGCCAGAGGACCCUCCUCCUCUGGCGGUCCGACGAUACAGGAUUAUCUGAGUAGACCCAGGCCAACUUGGUGAGUGUCAGUUUGUUUUUGUUUGGUUAGUUAUUUUUGUUUCUCUCCAAGUUACGAUACAUUAUAGUUGAAGUAUUUCACAAGUCUAAAACUGCAUUUUCAAAAACAGCGGUUGUUUGCUUUUAUUUUUCUUUGUGCUUUACUAAUGAGUAGUAUCUGAUUUCAAAGGCACUUUAUAAAAGUUCUGCACUCUUAUGUCUGUACUUUUAUAGUUAAUGGAUGAAGCACCCCCAGCUGUCAGCCAGCCAGAGAAGUUUACUUCCGCUAGCUCCCCUAAGCUUAGCAAGUAACGCGCAUGUACCUUCUUCUCACACCAGCAUUGCGUGCCCAUGGCGGCAAGCUUCAGAGGUUUCUCAAAGAGAAUAGGCUAUGUUCCAGUAAAGAGACUUCCAGGUUAAAUGGGGAGGGCUUGCAAAGGUUUGUUAAAAGAGCUUUUGCAAGCUUUUUUAAGAUACAGCGCCAGUGAAUACAUGCAUGCAUUCAUUGAGGGUAUAUCAGUUUAAUAGCAAUUUGUAUUUUAUUUAUUUUUUAAAUUCUAUUUGGGCAGUGGAGUAAGUAAUGACAUUAUAUUGAACUUCUGUCUGAACCUUAUCUGGACAGGUUGGGAGGCACAUGAGUAGUGCUGUCUGUCAGAAUGUAUAAAUUACAUACUGGCAGGAGUAAGCCAGUCUAAAAGUUCUGCUUCUGUUUGGGAAAAAUUGAUUUUCCACUGGAACCUAAAACUGCCCUACAAAUCAUUAAAGAGAGAGACAUUCUUAAAGUUCUUGUGUUCUAAGAAAAUAAAAAAAAAUGUACUAAUAAAUUGGAAAAAAUGAUUGCUGUAUGGGAUUUUAAAGCAUAAUUGUCAAUUCUGGAGAAGUGACAGUUGUUACUCAUUCCCUCACCCCAGUAAAAACAAUAUUACAGCAUCUAUUGGCAAUUAAGCAGCAGAGGUUAAAAGAACACAGUCAGUCGCCCCAUAUUGCCCUGGCUGCACUGAGUUUAAUCUCGGCAGUGACAGGAGUUCCUCUUUAUACAGAAAGCAAUGUAUAUAAAAUCAACCAAAUUCCUUUUUAUAAUAGCUUUUAUUUGCUUAAUUCACACACAUGGUCUUAUUAUAAUUUUACCCACCUACCACCUGGUUAAAUACAAUGAAAUCCGUACAAGUGACCACAUUGCUUUUUCAGCCAUUUUUUACUUUUGUUAUCAGAAUAACAUAUUUUAAACAUUUAGAUGUUUUGUUUUGAACAUACCUGAUGCAUGUAUUCCAUCAUUGCGAUGGAUGGUAAAACAUUGUAGCAUACGUUUUGAAAGUAUAUUUCCAGGUAAUGGCGACGCAGUCAUCUAUCUGAAUCUAGCAUGUUGCAUUUGGAUUUGUCGGCAUGAAUGUUCUGUAGUAUAUUACAAAUGCUGUCUGGUAAAUCUGGCCACGAGCCCAUAUUCCAAAAAAAAAACAAAAAACUGUUUAAUUUAGAAAACUUAGCAGAGAGGAUAUGUGCAGUUUUUUUUUUGUUUUUUCUCUAUAUAUUCUUUAUAAGUAAUGCCUUGUUUCCUAUUUCUUUUAUAGGGAAGAAGUGAAAGAGCAACUGGAAAAGAAAAAGAAAGGCUCCCGAGCUCUCGCAGAAUUUGAAGAAAAAAUGAAUGAGGUUCAUAGUUUAUUAUUAUUGGCAUGAGUAGUGUAUUUUCAUAGGGGUCAAUGGCAGUCAGUAAUACCAGCUGGUGUGCAUUUUCUUUUAUAUAAGCCUAGCCGUGCAAUACUUGGAUAAAUUGAUUCUGUUUAGGUAUUGUGGACCUCUUCUUUUGACCUUUUUUUGUUUUUCUGAACAAUUUUUUGUGUUAACUGAAAGUAAACACACAUUCUGUAUUUUUAGUUUGAUACAAUGUUUGCAUUGUGAGGGUGGAGCUUGAUCACAGAGCCGAGAGGUCUUACUUACAGAGGUAAAGAUCUCCCUACUCUCGCAUGCUCUUGCUGAGAUUCUGCCAGCGCUUGCCUCAUAUCCAGUCAAUCGAUGCCAUUUUUAUAUGUUGCACCAGCAAAGAAGCAAUGCUGCAGGACUGGGGCAUACUCCUCUCCUCAGCUCUGGAACAAGACCAUCUAUGUGGAGUGGAGCCUCCACAGGCAACCUCCGUCCGAACUACACAGAUGGGACCAAGAUCCCAAAAACCUCAGAAGAGAAGACCAAUAUGCAGGGACUUGAGCAAAGAUCGAGCAGGAGACUGUAGACUCCCAAGAAGAACACUGUUAUAUUUUUAUUGUUUACUCUUUUCCCCGUUUUCUUUCUUAAUUAUCUCUCAUCGUAUAUAGCAGGUUAACCAUUAAUGCUUGUGGCUGUAUAUAUCAUUAACCCUGGACUAUCAUAUAUGGCAGGAAACCAUUGCCAACCCUCACCGACAUUGUGUCUCCACCCUCUGCAUGAAGACACUGAAUUUUACUCAUAGGGAUGCAUUGAUUCAAUGCAUCUCUGUGAGGAGAUGCUGAUUGGCCAGGGCUGUGUUUGGCUUGUGCUGGCUCUGCGCCUGAUCUGCUUCCUUGACAAGCUCAGCCAAUCCAAUGCUUCUCUAUGGGAACGCAUUGUGAUUGGUCUGAUCACCACUUCUAAUAAUGUCCGCCAACUAGGCAGAUCGGGGGCAGAGCCAGCAACUGCAAACUGAAAUAAAGGUAAGAUCUUACUUUAUUUAGAGGGGCAGGGGGGCUAGAUAGUGUUUUUAACACUAUAGGGUCAGGAAUACAUGUUUGUGUUCCUGACCCUAUAGUGUUCUUUUAAGCAGCAUUAUGAUGGUUCACUAUAGCAUGUUACAUUAAACUAUCCAAUAUGAUCCUAAUGUUCCAUAUUUGUUUUCUAAUUUAUCUAAAGCUCCAGAUUAUAUUAGACUGCUGACUGGGCGUGGGUAUAAUUCUAGACAUACAACUGUAAUCCUGAUUAAUAUUCUCUAUACACUGUGAUAUAUGGUUUCAUUAUUACAUGUAUCAUCCUGCAUGAAAAAGUUUACAUUAUGAAAACCCCUUGUUUAUUUAUUUUUCUUUGAUUGUGAAGACUUGUUCUCGGUUGAUAGAAAUAACUCUUAAUAAACAGUUUCUUCUGCUUCUCAGAGUUGGAGAAAAGAGCUGGAAAAACACAGAGAAAAGAUGAUUUCUGGUAAUGAGAAUCCUUCUAAAAAGAAAGAGGUAAAUCAUGGUGGUUUGUUACUUAUAGCUUGAAAUUUGAAACAAUCACUAUAAAAUAAUUGGGUUACUGGCUAAAGUGAAAAUUCAAAGUGAAUUACAAUUUUGAGGUCAGAGUAGAAAAGGCAUAGUUGACCUAGAGAAACCUUCCAGUUUGGCUGGUUUUACCUUAAAUUUGAAAUUCACUUUGAAUCCACCUUAAAUCCUCACUGUAGUGAAUAACCUUGUAACAGAACAUCUUGGGGGAAUGGCAAAAUGUGAGAUUAAAUGCUUGAGAAGAUUUCGGUCGGAGUGUUUUGACUUUUAUGACACAUAUAGAUACGAAACUGAAAAAUACAUCAUGCACAAAAAAAAACAUAAAUCCCCAGUGCUCUGCGUAUACAUUUUGGUGCAAAGAGGUUUUCUGUCACCUUGCAUAUACUUGCUUAUCAUUGCUAAAUAGAUAUUUGCAAGCCCCAAUUUUUUUUCACUGCAUUGCAGUUCGGUUUGUGCUGGGGAAAUGACCAAUCAUAGUCUUCUGAUUAAGACGAAUGCUUCUGAGCACGUGUGUUGGUGGGAGGGGGCGUGGAGGAGGCUGGGCCCGGGGGUAGUAAGUGAUAUCUCACAUAAAUGGACACUUUUAUAAAGUGCAAAGAAAAUUGAAUACCCCAGUGUAAAGCACUUCAGCAAGCUGUGUGUGGCAUGUUCAUUUAAAUAACGCUUUUAUUUCACAAGUUUUGUUUGCCUAUAACUCAGGGCUGUCCAACCUGUGGCCCCCCAGAUGUUGCUGAACUACAACUCCCAUGAUUCCCUGGCUAUCUGUUUCAUUGAAAGAAUCAUGGGAGUUGUAGUUCAGCAACAUCUGGGGGGCCGCAGGUUGGACAAUAACUGCUCAAUAUAUAACUGUAGUUUCAAAAUGUUACUAAAAAUGCAGCUUUUUUUUCCUUAAUCUUGUUUAGUAGUUUUUCUUUUCUUUAGUUAUUUGUUCUUUGACAACGUUUUAUUCCAACCCCCCACAGAAAAAGAAAAAAGAGAAGAAAAAAUCUGGUGGGGUGAGAACGGUUUUUAAUCAUAAUUAAUGAUAUUGUACAGAUGAACUUUUUUAAUUCCUGCAGAUAUUUAAGUAUUGGAUAUGUAAUAAUACAGAUUCCUGAUUUAUUCAGAGUAAGCAUACAAACCACACUGCUAUUGGUAACUUUAAUCUACCCUUUAUGUGCGGGUCUAUCCCCAGGAAGUUCUCUCUUAAACACGUCUAGUACAUUUAAAGAUUUGCAGCUCAUUCCUAAAGAAAAUAAACAAUUGAGAUAGAUGUGUGUGUAUAUAAAUUAGGCAUGUUACAUUCCGUAUAACGAAUACUAUCAUACAUACUUCAGGGUUAUGUUGGUAUCACUAAAUUAUAGCAUAGUUCAAAAACUUCAAAACAUUUUAGUGGCGGAAUUGUAAUUCUGUUUAAAAUGUGCGUCUCACAAGUUUUACUUUCUGUUGUCUGUGGUCAAGUUUUCUUCAUCAUCUUCCCCUUCUUCAUCGAGUUCUGAUUCUUCCUGCAGCUCAGAUGAAUCUGACAAUGAGGUGAGAUCCAUUUACUUGAUGUAAUAAACAUAAUCGAUAAUAGAUUGUCCCUCUGUAUAUUUUAUUUAAUUUAAAAAUGCAUUCGGAGUAAUUCUUGUGUUUACAUUGGGCUUUUGUAGAGCAAGAAAAAACAAGCUAAAAGAAAGAAGAAGAAAAAAUAUUCCUCCCGCAAGACUUCUGAUAGUAGUUCAGACAUGGAUUCAGACAGCAAGGUACACUUUGUCAGUCAGUUUUUAACAAUUGUUCAUGGUCAUACUAUGUGGACACCUACUAACCAUUGACUUCAUCAGUUUGAGUUUCACCUUUUGCUAACCAGCGUGUGAUAUACAGCACAUAGUUCUGAAAUCUCCACAGACAAACAUUGGCUGUGAAUUAGGUUAUACUAGAUGUUUUUAAACAUGACACUAUCAUAGAAUGCCGUCUUUGCCCUGAGUCAGUUUGUGAAAUUAGUGUCCUUCUGUAUCAAUCUGCCUCAGUUUACUAGAAGUGUUAUUGCCAUGAAAUGGAAGUAUCUAGAAGCAACAACAGCCCAACCACGGAAUAGUACACCUCCCAUACACAAAGAGCAAGGGCACCAGGUGUUGAAGCCUGUAUAAAUCGUGUUUCAUCUGUUGCAUCACUGCAGAAUCCCAAACUGCCUCUGAAAGCAACGUCAGGACAAGAACUGUGUCAGGAGCUUCAUGAAAUGGGUUUCCAUGGCCAAGCAGCUUUUCUAUAGGUGUGAUAGGUGUCCACAUGCACUUGGAUAUAUAGAGUGUGUGUGCACUUAUGUAAUGAAAUAUUGAAAAAGGUUUCAGUAGAUUUUCUUUGGUGUUUUUUUUUUUUCUUCCCUGUUUUCUUUUUUAAAAGUUUCUUGUGUAUAUUUUGUCAGUAACUCAAGAAUUUUUUUUUUUAAACUAGAGAUCUGUAAAAUACGGCAACUAGUAGAUAUCCCUUCAUAUGCUAUUAUUAGCCCUUAUCAGCUUGACAAAGGCCCAAAGGGGUCGAAACGUUGCAUUUUGGUUCUUGGGUACACUAAAAUUUCCUAUUCUUUGGAACAUUUUGGGGUGCCUGGAUUACUUUUCUACUUACAUGUUAUAUCUGGUCUCUUUGGUACUGGGACUGAUCCAAGUGCACCCUAGGAUUCCAGGGUGAAGGGCUGAGUGCAGUUCCACAACUUGUCUAUGGAUUAUUAGCCCUUCUGUCAUAUCUGAUGGAUAAAAGAGUGAUCUCUCUUUAGCCCAAAGCCUGUUAGUGUUUUUUUUUUUGUUUUUUGUUGUUUUUAGAAAAAGGUUUUAUUAUUAUUCCUGGUAAUAUUACAGACGCACACCUAAUGGGUUAUUCAUUAUACUCUGAAUAGUAGCUUAUCAAAAUCUGUUUUUUUUUCUCUUCAAAUUCAGUUGUAAUUUCUUAAAUGUUUUCCAUACAGAUUUUAAUGUUAUAUUUUUUUUUGAUUUUUUUUUUGGGAAUAACCCUGCUAAAGGUCAAAGAGAAUGUAAUUGUCAAUAGGUUUGCAAAGUUAGUGCUAUUCAUUUCAUAUUUCCUAUUUUCAGUUAUAGACUAUUGCAGUUAUGAAUUCACAACAACCACAUGCUCCCCUGUUUACAUGUUGUGUGCGAUUUUCAUAUGUAAUUGAUAUAUUGUGGUUUCUGUAGGACAGCCUGAAAAAGAAGAAAUCGAAAGAUGAUCCGGACCGAGACAAGGUGAUAAUGAUCUUAAAUAAUAUGUCUGUAUCUUAAUGGUUUGCUUGGAAUUUAAUUUCUGAACCCUUUCUGCUAUGACUGUGUGGCUUUUCAUUCGGUUAAUAGUAUUUUAAUAUAAUCUUUUCAAUAACCUUCAGAAAAUGGUGGUGGGUGUGCAGUAGGGCUCUUGUUGAGACUGACCCUGACAUCCAUAACUAAAUGAUAUGUAGUAUAGGUAAGUAAUAUUCAAUGGGGAAUAUUGACUUAGCCAGUAUAUUGAGUAAAUGCUAUUGUGAGGUUUGCUAAAUAUUUAAUGAAGAAAUCUACACAGCAGUAAUAAUUUAUCUAUAUUGGUGAAUUGUGUGCCCACAUCUUGGCUUCCUUUCCGUUAUCAUUCAAACUUUUCGGCUAUUGGAUAUUGCGGUGGAGGAGAAAUAAAAACAGAAAAUGUAAUUUGCUUUGUGUACGCUGGGUUUAUUCACCAUCUUAUGAUAAAGAUUUAGCAAACAUUUUAAAGAGCGCAUGACCUGAAAAGGUUAACAUAAGUCAUAAAUGAUUUUCAGUUAUUUUUGCAGUGCUGUAAAAGACCCGCUUUAAUCUUCUAGAUGGUGGUUUUAACACUGUAGGGUCAUGUUUGUGUUCCUGACCCUAUACUCUAAUGGUAGUAUAGGUACUUGAUUAAUUAGGUUUUGUUUUUUUACAUGGACUUAAAUGCUUUAUAAACGUACACCUGCCACAAGUAUUUUAGUUAAUCUUACUUAAUGCAGAGGAAAUAAACUUGUUAGUCAUAUGACCCAGUCUUUGUGUACAGGGCAGAAAACGGAAGAGGACUGAAGAAGAUCAUAAACAUUCAUCAUCAGAAUAUUGUUCCAGAUCAGAAUCUGAUGAAGAGGUCAGUCUAAAUAUAUUAUAUAUAUUAUAAUCUUGUUUUGCAACUAUUAAUACAAGUAUUUUAUUUAUUUUUAAAGGAGCUUUUUAUUAAUAAAAGGAGCUUUUAUAAAAAUGAUUAUUGUAAUUAUUUUUAGCAUUAAAUAAUGUGUUCCUUGUUAAUUCCCUGGCAAUAACAGUAAUUUUGGUGCACAAAAAGAAGAUUCUGCUGUUUGUGAAAGAGGUAGAAAGGCGGAAGAAAAGAGAGACUAAUUAACCCGCUCAACAUAGCAUUGUUUUCUCUUUUUCCCUUCUUUGGAAUUUGAUUGACCACUCAGUCGGUUAAUUGUCAUGUUAGCAUUGUGGAAGAUAAAAAUGUUGACUUAGAAAGCAGUUUAUUUUCAGAAUGAAACUUAGAAUUUAUUUACAAAAAAAGGUAAAAUCCUAAAAUAGUCUUUUCAUUAGCAUUUACCUUCUGUCACUGUACUUAAUGAAGUAUUACUUUAAAAUGCACAAAAAUAUUGCAAGUGUAGAUGGCAUGAAGAAAUAGACAAAAGAUAUACAAUCUGCCUCAAUACGUGUUGAAAUCGUGUGUAGCCAGCCCCAAGGAGCACGGAAAAUGUGCGCAAUGUCACUGAGACCAAGUAUAUGACAAACAUGAUAACCAGUGCGACAAUCUCAGAUUUCAGUGCACACCAGCUUAUGGUUGCAACUCUCCAGCAUGCAUUGUGAUUGUCUGUGUGUGGGGCUUCAGAGGCAGGAUAUACUCCACUUUGGACACGUGGAGCAGGUCUGCUUUAAUUUUCAUUUAAAAAGGAAACGAACCAGUGGUAGUUCACAUUAGAAUGAUAACAUACCAGUGUAAAUCAAAGUAUGAUAUUUCCAGAGGGCGUGUGAAAGUGAACACUGAGGAAACCAUGGUUAGAGGGCAGAAGUCUUCCCAGAGGUCUGGUAAUUAAAUUGCUUGUCCGAGAACAAGCAAUUCCUAUUUUCACCACUAAGUGGCACUUUGUUUUCUCUGACUUUAAUGCAGAUAGUUAUAAUGGGCUCUGAGAAAGUUCAUGGAUCAUUCAGAAAAUUGAUAGAGAUAUCUGUCUCUCAGGGUCUCCAUCUUGUUAAUUGUGGUUAUUAUAUUUAAAGAGGCUCUGUCAGCCUAUACUUACCAUACUUAAAUCUACUCUACCUUACUCAUGGUUUCUUCCUGUUUUCAAUCUACUCCUCCUAAAAUGUGCAAAGCAGUAAUUGUGUUGCUUUGAGUAUUGUUUUUUGUCUCUGCUUGACAACAGGUGGAGCUAACGGAUAAGGCACUGUGAGACCAUAUCUAUUGUGGUUCCUGUAGGAUCCUGCAUAGACCUCAGUGCUGCACUCUCAUGCAUGUGCAAGACUAUAGCACUGACAUGAGCUCAUGGUAGAUGAAGCAACAGGAGAUCUUGACAAAGGAAGUGGCACUUGCCUUAAGCUCCACUCAUUGUCAAUAUUCGUCAAGUUGAGUUAAAUUACAUAAGACAAAGUACUACUACUUUGUCUUACAUAUUUUACAAGAAAAACAAAACUUAAAGGAAUAAAAUAACAGAUUCAGAGAGAGGAAGAGGAAACAACUGGAAAAAUGUAAGUUUGUUUAUGAAGAAAUUCACCAGGGAAUCACAGAAUGUAGGCUAAAGUAGCUGAGCUGAAAACAUGACUUAAAAACUCUGUCCAUUUUGACUAUUAAGGCCUAAAACAUGCAGUUCUCUGUCAACACUUGCUAACAGUUCAUGGUUUAUUAAGUGACAAGUAAAAAGAAAAAGUAUUAAAAUUAUUAUGGAGGGAGAGCCACCUCACAGACUAGGUAAAAGGCGGGGACACAGCUGACCCGGCCUCCCCUUCCCGUCGUCCUCCCUCCUUGGCCUCCCCGGCCCUUCCCCUCCUCCUGCCCACCCGGAGCUGGAAUGUGACCCCCUCCUCCCCUAUUCCUCUACUGCUCUUCCACUAUCUCUGUCUACUCUGUCUCUUUCUCUCUACCUUUAGGCCCUAGCCUUUUCAGAGGACCUUAUAUCACACACAGCAACCAUAAGCGCAGACUGCGUCAGGACGCUAACAGUAGCCUUAUCCCCCUAAUGUGAAGGACAUCUCAGCAGAGGGUGGGUGGUGGGACAGGGGCGAGAGCCGGAAGAACAGAUAGCGAGGGAGGGAAUGACACAAACGCUGUCAAAAUCAUAGACCGCAUUGCCCCCGUUAGUGGCCGGACCCACCGCCUGUGACCAGGACCUGAGUCAUUAGCCCUUCCUAAGUGAGGAGCAUAUUAGGCUAACUUGCACCCGGCUCUGACCUACAAUUAAAUUAGCCUCACACCACUCUGAGCAGUCAGCCUCAGCAACCUAGGCUAGACUGUCGGAUCGAUGCUGAACCCUUCUUAUUAAGCAAUAUUAUUUGAAUGUCAAUGUACUGUAAAAACUGUGCCUUUGUUAUAUGCCAUGUAUAUACCAUUUCUUGUUCUUAUUCCUUGCUUGUGUUGUCAUGGCAACACAAACCUCUGUACCAUCUUAAGCACAGAGAAAUAAAGAAUUUAAAAAAAAUAAAAAUUGUGAUAUGGGUUCCAUACUGAGAUGGUGCCCUUAGAGGGAGGUUAGGGAGCUGGGAUUUUUUUUUUUAUUAAGCUACCCUAUCUUGAAUUUUUGUUGCAUAGCUUGUCUACCAUCUCUGAAUGUAGGGCUUGUAAGACUAUGAAUACGUUUACUAACCUAUGUUUGAAAAAAAGGCCUAAAUGAUUGUUUUAAUAUAUAUAUUCAAGGCUAUAAUUAUCAUCUAUGUGGGUUAUCCAAUGUGAAAUGUCUUCAAACUUGUUUUUUUUUUUUUUAACAACCUAGAUAACUAUGUAACUAUAUAAAGUUUAUUAUUUUCUCUAAAUGCCAUGUCCCUGUCCAAAAGUAAAUUUGGAAUUCAAUACGCACUCAUGGCAUGUAUGUCGAAUGGAACCUUUUGCUCCUCGGGGAAAGAUUGACGCUGGUUGAGGACAUUCGAUAUGUCUCGUAGAUGGCACUGUUCUGCUGAGAUAUUUUGUUUGUCUUCAGAGGCUAUUGGCUGGGCACUUGUGUUUAGUUCCCCCAAAGAGGUCUUAUUUAUUUAUUUCCCCUUCUUCUUUGUAAGUGUGUUUAAUAUGUUAUUGCAAGGCAAUGGUUUGUUCAUCUUGUUCCCCACCCAGAUUUCAGCUAGGCUAUUAUAGCCUAAUCACUAGGAUUUCCCUUUACUUUAGUAUAUAACCCUGAUGUUGUCUUUGGGGCAAAUGAUACGACCUCGUAUCUAUGUGAUACAACACGAAAGAGCUGAGAGGAUAUAAGAUUGUGUUCUUUUUGCAACACAAACAUUCUCCUCCCAGGAUCUGGCCACAUAAGCCGGCUACUAGUUGUGUUCUGUAACGAAACGGAAGCCUCUGCCGCUCAGCUCCCACCUGGGGAGUUUUCGGGCUCUCACCUCCCCGGCCAGCAGCCUGUGCUGACCGCAUCGAUGUUCUUUACACCUAUGCCUAGAGGAGCCUGUCCAUUCGGUCUGCCGGGACAAGAAGAACUGGGGAACCUUGGAGGUACAGGGGUUAUAAGGGAAGCAGCAGGCGGAUCUCAAUUGAAUAUUUAAAUUUUGGGUGGAGCUUCUUGUCCACUGGAGAAGAUACAACCCACUUGCUACAGUACUGCCACUAUACUAAGGAAAAAGGAAUUUCCUGUAAGUACAAUUACUGUUUUUUUAAUGUUUACAUUCUUAGCUUUAAGGGACACCCCAAGCAACAUAAAUAUGUGCCGAUGAGCUCUUCUGCAUUCUGGGUAUUAUAUGCAAAUUCAGGAGAAAAGGAGCAGUCUACUCUAGUUUACAGUGCUCAUAACAAGCGUGUUGGCAUAUCAGAUAAGUCAGUUUGUUUGUUCUCUCCCAAAAGAUUACGACAAUUCAUUAAAUGCAUUUGUUUGACAUAUUUAGAGCACAUUAGUUUUAAUUUUGGAAGAUAAGUAGCUUUAAUUAGUGAGAUAACAAACCACUCGAAUCAAAUAAAAAUUCUGCAAAGAGUCAGGAUAUCCGAACUCUAGAUGUCUGAAUAACGUUCUUUCUUUUUUUUUUUUUUUUUUACUUUCAUUUUUCAGGUUCACAGUAAAAAGAAAAAAUGCACAGAAGAAAAAGCUGUAAGUAUUUUACUUAAAAGGGGAACUGUGAAAUGUGGGAGUUUAACCCCUUAAAGACACAUGACAUGUAUGACAUGUCAUGAUUCCCUUUUAUUCCAGAAGUUUGGUCCUUAAGGGGUUAACACACAGUUAGAUUGCUGCUAGGUUUGUCUGCCACAAUAAACAUUACUUGAACCCUCGUUAUGCUCAGUAAGGGCUAUUGUUUGUAUUUGAUGCUUUGGAAAGAAUAUUCAAGUGCACGUGCCCUCCUAUAGCAUCAUGGGACAAAAGCUCAGAAUUGCUGCAAAGGUAAGUAUGUUUUUAUAGUUCUGCUACACUGCUCACUCAAGUAAGUGCUUUUAGCAGUGUUUACUGGAAUGUGCGAAUGUGGAACUAUUGUGAUUAACAAUUUACCGUUCCUGUUUUAAAGUAAGGGUGUUUUUUUUUUUUCGUUUUUUUUUUUACAUAUUGUACUAGCCAUACUGUGUGUAUAUGUAUGUAUGUGUUCAUGGCAUAUGAUAUUGUUAUAUUACAACUCUGUACUAUUUAGCAAUGAGAGAGAAAUAUUCUGAUUGGAUCGUUAAUUGGAAUGUGUCAUCCUUGUUGACAUUUUGAUUAAAUAGUUACUUUGACCACUAUGACAACUCCUGCUUUUAGAAGUGGUUGUGCCGGUGGGAGUCUGCAGCUUUUUUGCUUGAUAUUUGCACUGUUGUGCCGAUACCUGGUUAUAACAUCGGAACACGUGACUUAGGCAGCUCAGAAGUCUGUUACGGGCUGCCUAAUAUCAAUUCUAUGCAAAAAUACAUCUGUCAAUGCUGUCGCUGUAAACUAAUCUCCUUGCAAAUCAGCUCUGGGAGAGUCCCUGCGCAAGGGGAUGCUUGAUCCACCCUCAUUCCCUUAAUUGUGCCCUCCCUGCAGUCCCCACCUUUCUAUAGUACUUUAUUUUUUUCCAUUGCACCUAUCCUCGAUCAUAGGAAGAAUAGUUAAUCAAUUCCAUCACUCUGUUAAAUAAUGCUCCUUCCCAAUGGUGUUUGCAUUUUCUUCUACCAGUAUUGCUGGUAAUAUUAUAUAAUUUACAAAGAGUAUUUACAUCUUGUUACCAGUGGGGCUAAGCAUUAUUAUACUGGAAUAUGUGUUCAGAAGAACACCUCCUCUAGGACCUGACUACUGUGACUAAAACCAGUUCUAAUAUUCUAUUGCCAUCAGUUGUGCAGGAUCUGUGUUGUGGUUUGUCUGCAGCUGCCCUGCUUGGCCGACAGGUUCCCUUUACAUCUGACACCCGAGGGUCUUGCUCAAUGUUUGCUCUGUUGGUUUUGUAGAAUGAAUUGCUGUAACAUGCCGAGUAUUUUUUUUUACAUCCUGUUUUUUCUUUUCUAAUAGGAUAAAGUAAAAAAGAAAAAGAAGCACAAGAAACAUAACAAGAAGAAGAAAAAAAAGGGUAUUAACCCAAGCUCGGAUUCUGGAUAACACAAUAAUCGAACAUACCAGGAGAGUGAUGCAAAAUGUUUAUAUACCCCACUAGGCACUAAAAUUGUUAAAAGCUCAGACUGUGAAAUGGGCUGGCAUGCAUUUUUUGUUAAUGUUGUUUGGGAUUUUAUAGCGAACACUUGAUUAACGUGCAUAUUAUGGACUUUUUUAAUUUAAUUUGAUUUUAAGGAUCCACAAGGAAUGUAGGUGAUAGUUCACUACAAGUAGGUAUAUGCAUAAUCCAUACACAGUGCUGGCAAACGCAUAGAUUCAAAAUAUUUAUGAGAAUCACUUUUUCUUCUGACAAGAUGCUCAAAAAUGGAAAAGAAAUAGAUUUGCAUGCAGCCACCUGUCCUCAGAUGCCCCAGUGCACAAUAUAUCGGUCAUUUGUGGACGAGGAUACUGCGUUGGCAUCCAUUUCUGGUGGCUAUCUUUAUAUUGUUGUAUUGCCAAAAAUCAUGGCACCAGAAAUGAACUGAUUGGUGAGUUAUUGCAUUUAAUUGUAUACGUGUCUUAGCUGUUAGAUUAACCAAACUCUUCAUUACGUUACACUGCACCUGUCACAUAAAGUAGAGAAACAUUGUACAUAACCACAUUGCAUCUACAUAUUGUGUUAGUCUAACUUAAGCAGUUGUGUGAAAUAGACAUUAUCCUGGGAUUUGCUUAGGUUAAUACCAAUAUGCUGUUCCCAUAAAUUUAAGGAAUAAAAACACUGCCAAAGCCAUGAACCAGAGAGCAUGGGUGAAGUACAAAAGUUAUGAAAAGUACCAUAGACCGGUAUCGGUCACACAAUUCCAUCCAUGCAUUGUGUAAGCCAAUCUCCUAAACAAAGCUUGAAGAAAAGGACCAUUUCUGACCUGUUUUUGGCCUAAUUUCCCUGAAGCUGCACGCCUCAUCCUGCUGUGGGUAAUGGAUCCAUUGAAUGGCAUCACAUACCUUGUGCAAUGCAGCAUUUAACACUGUAAAAGAAUGCAGAGAUAAAUGAGCUAUAUUUGGUGGAGGAAAGCAGAGUUCAGGUGAAGAUGUCUAUCAAACUGCCGGCAAUUUUGCCAGUUUACUGUAUAAUAAUAAUUUAAUUUGUGCUUACAGCUGAUCACCUCCUCCAAGCUUUAUGUGAGACAACUUUUGCUCUAAUCUAAAAUAUAAUAUGCUCCAAUAGUAAAAAGAAUUGUUGCAUAAAUAUUCAAACUUGUAAACCAAAUGUUAAAUGUGGUCAAGUCACUUGAUAUUGACUUUCACAGUUGAAGGUGGUUUAUUUAAUAUUACUGCAACUUUACUGUGCAUUUAUUUACUUGAGGGUAGGUCUUAGACACAUCCAUUUGUUUUGAAAUGCAAUUGGGAAACCUAUUGUCACUGAAACAUAAUUAGCAGAUGCAAUAAUAUGCUUUUUGUUUGUUUACUCUUUUAGGGAGGGUAAGUUAUAAAUUCUGCUGAAGUGAAGGUACUGGUUUUACGGUAUGAAGUCCAACAUAAUCUAAUAGUAGGGUAUUUCUGGUCUGUGGAGUGUGUGGGGAGACUGCAACCACUAUAUCUGUUAAUAAUAUCAUUGGUCUCUGAUUCUUGUGCUGUUUUCUUCUGCAGGAGAUAGACAAAAUGUAGAUUCCCAACAGUACUAGAACUACAACUUCCAUGAUGCUUUGCUUGCUCCAAUUCUGGCAAAUCCUUGGAUGUCUGUUUCAUGUUGUAAGGGUUUGGGGUUUUUUUUGUUUGGGAGGGGGGUGGAGGACCAUCUAGCUCUUGCAGAAGUAAAGUUGCAUCAUGCGGUCUCUGGUCAUUUUAGUUUUACUUCUGAUGUCACUCAUUCUGUGUAGGAUUGAAUGUUUAGUGUUCAAUGUGCAUUGUGUAAUCUAUGUACAGAGUAAACCAGUAUUCAUAUUUUUAGGUGCUUAUUCAUAAGACUAUUCUAGCUUCGAUGUAUAGCAAGUGAAAAGGCUAGUAUGUAAAAAGCAGUUUUUUUUGUUUUUUUUUUCCCUUCUGUUUUUUUUUUAAUAUGUAAAUAAAUUGUAUAUUAAACAGCUUCAUAUUGAAGCUGACCUACUUCGAUAUGUUUCGUUACCAGGCCCACCACUCACAAAAGGUGUCCUGUUUUUAUGAAAGUGAUUUAUGACUAUAAAUAAAAAUUGUCUAACUUGUUGGUUUGUUGUGUUUUUGUGUAUACACCUUUAUGUUAUUUUCG